GCGCGCAGGCGCAGCCCGGGUGACGAAGAUGGUGCUCAUCAAGGAAUACCGUGUAGUGUUGCCAGUCUCUGUGGAAGAGUAUCAAGUAGGGCAGCUGUACUCCGUGGCCGAGGCCAGCAAGAACGAGACAGGAGGAGGAGAAGGCAUCGAGGUGCUGAAGAAUGAACCUUAUGAGAAGGAUGGGGAGAAGGGACAAUACACGCAUAAAAUAUACCAUCUAAAGAGUAAAGUCCCAGGGUUUGUGAAGAUGAUCGCACCAGAGGGAGCGUUAGUUUUUCACGAAAAGGCUUGGAACGCCUACCCGUACUGUCGCACCAUUGUGACGAAUGAGUACAUGAAGGAUGACUUUAUGAUAAAGAUCGAGACGUGGCACAAACCUGACAUGGGAACAAUAGAAAAUGUCCAUGACCUGGACGAGCAGACGUGGAGGACCGUGGAGGUGGUUCCCAUAGAUAUUUCAAACAAAGAAGAAGUGGCCCCUGGGGACUAUAAGCCAGAAGAGGAUCCUGCUCUUUUCCACUCCGCCAAGACAGGAAGAGGACCUCUAAGCCCUGAAUGGAAGAAUGAGCUGAAGACAGAUUGUCCUUACAUGUGUGCAUACAAACUGGUCACCGUCAAGUUCAGAUGGUGGGGUCUGCAGACCAAAGUGGAAAAUUUCAUCCACAAGCAAGAAAAGCGUAUUUUCACCAACUUCCACCGCCAGCUGUUCUGCUGGAUUGACAGAUGGAUGGGUUUGACCAUGGAGGACAUCAGGCGGAUGGAAGAGGAGACCCAAAAAGAGCUUGAGGAGAUGCGUCAGAAGGGAGAUGUGCGAGGGACCUCUGCGACAGACGAAUAGAGGCCCGUCGCAGUAGACUAGAGGCAGGCUGACUGCGUAGUAAAGGUCCGAUUCGAGGCACCAGUGCUGCUCAUGAGCAAUGAGGCAAAUCAACCAAACCCUGUCAUGAUGAUGUCAUCAGAGACACGUCCACCACGAUGAGGAAGUGGCCCUGACGUCGCCUCUUCUCUUCCUGUCUCACAUGAUUCAUUGGGGGGUUUGACAAGAUUGGUUAACAGUACUGUACAGACCCUACCCCAAUCACAAGCCUCCUGUUCACUCAGAAAAUAAAAAAACAUGGUUUUGCAUACAUAUAAAAAGAAAAAAAAACUCUUUGCACAGAACGUAACUUGCCUGAUAUGUAAUUGUUAGUUGAUUAUUACAAUGGGCUUUGUUUUUAUUCAGGUGUGUACACCGUGACUCAGAAAGUCAAGCCUUUUAAAUUAAGUAGAAUGUUUUUAGUCUACAGGUUCCCACAGAAAUUGGUAUAAGAUUACUAGCAGGUAUUGGACCAUUUAUCUCCCGACUUCCCUUGUAUUAUAACUGUCUGUCUCUACUUUAAUCCUUGUCUCCCCCCUCAAUAUUGUCUGUAUUCUUGUCCUGAUGAAAUUUGUCUGGAUCUCCUCCCCCUUGUCUCACUGUCCCCUCUGUCUGGCAGUUGUUUGGGAAUACUGAUGUUUUUAUUUUUCUUUCUUUUCUAGUUUUAAUCUCGAGGCUAAUCCACGCCCGUUAAUGGUUCAAAGCAAAGUAAAUGCUCCUGCAUGAUAGCAAAACCUCUGCUGUUGUUUUCCCCUCACAUGUACACGUGUCCCACAUUUCGACAUGCACACCAGGCCUCCUCCCCCUCCGUCACAAGUGCAUGUGGACAACGAAAACUCCUCACUAAACUGUCAUUGCAUGUGUACAGUCGCUGCAAUGCAGCUUCGCUCAAGUGGAUUGUUUGUGUUGAUUAGCGAGAGGGUUCGCGCCCUCUAGGAGAGUCUGUACAAAAACACCUGUGUGUUAGUGUGUGCAUUUGUGUGCUCGUUUGUGUUAUCAACUGCCUUCGCUCUUAAAGGACCGUCAGUCUUGGGACUGAGAUGGAUAACGUUCAGCUUACUAUCAUCGAGGCUCGCGAGAGGUCUCAGCACACUGCCGUGCUCUCGCUCCACGACCAGCCUGUUGAACCUGCCUCAUGCUGUCGCUGCAUGUCCUUUCUCUUUGGCCAGGGCUUUAACCGGAGGCCCCCGCAGCCUCCACAGAAGCUUUUUUUCUUUUUUUUUUAACUAAAACAAAUGAGGAUGAGAGUCUGUGCGAUGCUGCGUGCAUGAAUCAAGGUAGUUUUUUUUAUCUUUCUCAAACUACCGCUUCCUCUCUCAACUGACUGAGCAGAUGGGUCCAGGCAGAUGUGCGAUGUUCGUUGCAGUGACAAGCAGUCUGGGUGUAUAGUUUGUAUUUUUUAUUUUCACCAUGUAUAGUGAUUUUUAAAAAGCUUUUCAUCUACCUGAGCUACUAAAAAGUCAGAGUUGGUCAGUCUGAACUUUUCUGGACUGUUUAUUUACGGAUGGAAUCAUUUUGGCAAAGGUUAAAGAACAUUUGAGCCAACAGUUGAAACCGGCGUUGGAUGAUCUGGUAGAAACCUUGAUCUGAAAACAGGCGGCGUCUUCUUCCCGCUCUCUUUUCCUGCAGCACUGCUUUGUCUUAGUUUUGGCUGCACUGGCUCCAGGCUGUGUCGCAGCAGGAGCUCACUUUAGCCGUCUUUAUUUGGCGCGUCAUGCAGAUCCUGCUGGGCUGUAGGUGAAAUAUUUCGUGAUGUUUUAUAUGGUCAUGACGUAGCUUAGCGCGGUUACACAGCUAUGAUUUGUUUGUUGGAUCAGGUAUGAGCGUGUAGGUUUUGUUGUUACCUAUCUGUGCGUGGUUAAUGUUGGACAGGUUUAAAGAGAGUAUAAGUGUACUUUAUAAUAGGCCCAUCAUAGAAAUGGACAAACUGUACAUACAUACACUGACUUGAAUGGAAUAUUCACAGCUACUAAAGCAUUGUCAGGUCUAUCAUUCAAUACUGUACUGCUGAAAGUAACUGAAGUGAGUUCUGGUGUUGUCAGCUCUGUGGACGGCGUGCUGUGUGAAGCGGAGCAGACUGUCCACGUGUUGUUGCUCAUACUGUAGUUAAACUGUACCUCAUCCAUGCUUAUGAAUGUACAGCUAGGAGACACAUGUGUCGGAGUAUGCAGGACGCUUCUGAGCUGCAGGAACACUGCCAUGUUUCACACCUGUACAAGCAUGACAUGGAGCCGUUAUAUCACCGACACACGAGGAGAGAUUUACUAAAACAACUCUAGAUUCGGAUCUGCAUGCUCAACACUUGUUUCUUUUUUUAAUUAUUAUUAUUCUUUACAUUUUCCUUUCUUUUGUCUUGAAUAUUCUCCGUUUGAUCAGUGCUUUUGAGAAGCUCUUGAACAGCAUCAGACAAGAAGGGAAAUCCUUUAAAGGGGCGGCUUCUCCUCAAGAUCAAACUGCACUCGGCUCGACCUCCGAUUAGCGAUGAGGAGUGAAAAGCUUGACUGAGUUUGAUGAUGAAGGGGAGUCGCCCUGUUGACUAGAAUAGGCUGUGUGAUGUACAGUUUUGUAGCAUUACCAGUGAUGCCAGUCAGGGUAUGACUGUGAGGGGAGGGAUAGAAGCCUAGGGAACAGAUGGAGUCCAAAAUACUGUUUUCUUUAUUGUAAUCGUAAAUAAGCACUUGCAAAAUCUACUGUUUUUUUCUUUCAUGUUUUCUCUUUUUUUUUGUUUUUGAAAGACAAAGAUUCACGAUGUAUUCAAUUUUCUCUUUUCUGAUAAGGCAAAAUUCAGGGGAAUUAGUAGUGAAUGUAAUACAAUUAGUUCCUUUUUUUUCUUUUCACAGCUUUCAAGCUGUGACGGAAGGUCUAGACAAUGGAACAUAACAGAAUAUCUAAUAAAUUUGAACAAAUAAGAGAAUCGA